UUUGCAGUUGGGAAUCGUAAGAUGGCAAACCAAGUUCAAACCAUUUUCCUUGAAGAAUGGCUGAGGAGCAACAGUGGUAGCAGCAUCAGCAGCUCAAUACAAUCUUCCUCCUCUUCAGCCAGAGCUAUUAUUCAAGCAUGGGCUGAUCUUAGGGACUCCCUUCAAAAUCAAUCUUUUCAUCCACAUCACCUCCAAUCUCUAAAGACCCUCCUUAGCUCCCAGAUGUCACUUUAUGUUGCAGACCCACAAGCAAAGCUUUUACUUUCUAUUCUAUCAUCGUCAAACCUAUCUCUUCCCCGCGAAUCUCAUCCUUUAUUUCUUAGGCUUCUCUAUAUCUGGGUGAGGAAAUCAUCCAAACCAUCUUCUCUGGUUGUUGAUUUUGCUGUUGAAAUCCUAUCUCGCCUUUUCUCUGCGCAGUUUGGUUCUAAUAAGAGCUCUUUAUUUUUCGCUGAAGGAGUUCUUCUUCUGGGUGCUUUUUCUUUUGUGGCAUCUACUUCUGAAAGGUCCAAAGCUGUUUGCUUGGAAUUACUCUGUAGGCUAUUGGAAGAAGAUUACCAAUUGAUUGGCUCCUUUGAAGGACUUAUUCCCAUUGUUCUUGCGGGGCUUGGAUAUGCUCUAUGUUCUCCUGGGAAUGUUUAUUUUGUCAGAAUUCUGGAUUCUUUGUUUGGAAUUUGGAACAAGGAAGGUGGCCCUUCUGCUAGUGUUUCUCAUGGGCUCAUGAUACUGCAUUUGAUCGAAUGGGUUCUGUCUAAUUUCAUUAAUUCAAAUUACUUGGACAAAAUAAAUCUUUUUGCUAGAGAAACUUUGGAAACUAGAAAGCCAACAUAUGCUUCAUUUGCUGUGGUCAUGGCUGCUGCAGGAGUACUAAGGGCUUCCAGUAGAUCUUUAUCAAGUAAUCUAAUGCAAAUAAGGGUCUCUGCUGAGAAACAGAUUGAAAUUGUAGCAAGAGAUAUAAUUUCUAAAUCCCGGGGUCUUACUAUUUCAAUUAAUGAACCUGGAAACGGUCAUAUUCUACACUGUAUAUCAUUAGCUUUGGCUCGAGGAGGUUCUGUUUCUCCCCAGCCCGCUUUGCUUAUGUGUCUUGCUUCAGCAUUAUUGACUGAAAUCUUUCCCUUGCAACGUUUCUAUUCAAGCAUACUUGAAUGUUUUCAUGGAAAUCCGGCAGGACGGGGGCUUAAGGAGGUUAAAGAACACAUGGACAGUGCAAUUUUUAAGGAAGCAGGAGCUGUAACUCGUGUUUUUUGCGCACAGUAUGUCUCAGCCGAUGAAGGGAGCAAGAGUACAGUGGAGAAUCUUAUCUGGGAUUACUGUCAAGAUGUCUACUUGUGCCAUCGGCAGGUAGCUUUGAUGCUUCGAGGCGUGGAGGAUGAGUUACUUCUGGAUUUAGAGAAAAUUGCUGGAUCUGCCUUCCUUAUGGUGGUUGUUUUUGCUUUUGCGGUCAUGAAACAUAGGUUAGACUCGAGGUUCAAACAAGAAACUCAAAUGGAGGUUUCAGUUAGGAUAUUGGUUUCUUUUUCUUGCAUGGAGUAUUUUCGGCGGAUGCGCUUGCCAGAAUAUAUGGAUACAAUUAGAGGGGUGGUUGUAAGUGUUCAGGAGAAUGAAUGGGCUUGUGUCUCAUUUGUUGAAUCCAUGCCACCUUAUAAUCAUUUGACAAAUCAACAGGGCUCUUCCAGCUUGCACAAAAUGGAAUAUAUGUGGUUGAAAGAUGAGGUGCAGACGGCUAGGAUCUUAUUUUACCUACGGGUCAUUCCAACUUGUGCUGAACGAUUACCGGCUUCUGUAUAUAGAACGGUGGUGGCUCCGAUUGUGUUCUUAUGUAUGGGACAUCCAAAUGGGAAAGUGGCCCGAGCAUCACAUUCGAUAUUUGUGGCUUUCAUAUCUUCUGGAAAGGACUCUAAUCAGGAUGAAAGAGUUUCAUUGAAGGAGCAACUUGUUUUCUAUUAUAUGCAAAGAUCGUUAGAGGGAUAUCCUGGGACUACCCCUUUUGAGGGAAUGGCUUCUGGAGUUGCUGCGAUUGUUCGACAUCUUCCUGCUGGAAGUCCUUCUAUAUUCUACUGCAUCCAGAGUCUUGUUGAAAAAGCUAGUAGCCUCUGCAAUGAAGUUGUUAUGACUCGUGAGAAUGAUCUGUGGAAGAACUGGCUAGGAGAGUCAGAGCCUUGUAAGAAAGUUCUUGAGUUGCUUUUACGGCUCCUCAUUGUGGUGGAUAUACAGGUCCUGCCGAGUUUGAUGAAGUUAUUAGCACAGCUGAUCGUCCAACUGCCCAAAGAUGGCCAGAAUAUGGUUCUUAACGAGUUAUAUGCACAGGUUGCUGAAUCUGAUGAUGUUACAAGAAAGCCCACGCUAGUUUCAUGGCUGCAGUCAUUGUCUUACCUUUGCUCUCAAUCUACUAGCAGAAGAGCAACCAAAGAGGCGGGGCGUGAAGUCAAUGCUGCUUCUACUUGGAAUAUUGUUACACUAGGCUUGAAUAGAAUCAAUGCACGACUCUAAUUGAGAUGCAAAUUUUGGGUAUACGACUUUUUUUGUAGACUUCAAAAUAUAACUAAAUAAAUCAGGAAGAUAAUUAUGUUAUUAUUGUACACGUGUAUUUCUUGUUCAUUGUAAUAAUGCAAUAAAUGGAAGAGGAUAAUUGUUCAUACAUGUGGAAGUGAUUUUCUUGGACAGACUGUUGUCUCCUUAUUUCAGUUGUUCAUUUCUUUAUUUC